AUGUUUAGUGUUCGAUUGAUUGCAACGUCAGGAGCUCGUAUGUCGUCAUAUCUACCUGCGACUCAAUGCUCAAAGACGGUGACUAGAUCAUUACAAUCGUCUGCUGUUAGCAACGAUUUUUUCUCGUGGUUUAAAGAUAAAAAUAAGGAGAAAACCAAAGUAAAGAGUACUAAGGAAGUUAUGAGCGAUAUUGAAGCAGGUAAAGAUGUAGUUGAGAAAAACGAAAAUGUAAAUAUUUUAGAGUUGAAACCUGAGAAUUUUAUUGGAACUUAUGAUAAAAAGAGGAAUGUUAUUCCACUUGAUACCGUGCCAUUUAAUAGAUGGAUUUCUUUGGACAAAGUAGCCACGGAGGAUAAAUUAAAUUCGAUCAUUCUUCAAAGUUAUAAUGAGACAUUUGGUACACAAUUAAAAGAGGUUUCUAAUGAGAAAUUGGCCGAAUCGUUUACGGAUAUUACUCAAAAAUUCAAUUUUACGAAAUUAUUGCAAGCUAAAUCUGGUUUCAUUCUUUCGGAUUAUCAAUUUACCAGAUUGACCUCUCCAAACUCAUUCAAAGAUUAUUAUCUGAGUGAAUUUGUCUCUGGGAAAUCCUUACGUUUUAAGGAAUCAGAACCAAAUGCUAUUCAUUUGAACGAAUCUUCAUUCAAAGCACCAAAUAUUCGUAUCGUACCUGAUAUCUCAGCUAAGGAAAAGAGACAAAAGUUCAAAAAACUUGUUAACGAAGUUAAUGAAAUUGAGAACAAGAUAACGAUCGAUGCUAUAGAAAGUGCAAAACAGUCAUAG